AGCUAGAACGAAUGGUCUGUAAUGCUAAGCACCGGCGACAUCAGGGGCGGGCUCAAGGAUGUUUCUUCCGGGUUUGGUUGUGAAAGCUGGCACAUACCCAGAUUUUGCUUGGAUUUGAAAAACUUUCUUUCUUUUCAUUUUUUUUUCAAUUAAUAUCCAAAAUAUAUGCCAUCAUAACAUUACUUCACAUUGGAGUUUUUAUUGUACAUAUGAAUUUGUCUUCCUUUCACUCUGUUGCAAUGUUUCCUGUGUUGUUCUCGUUGUUUUGGACAUAUGACGAUUAUGUGUCAGCUUUUGCAGAUCUUUGACUCGCUGAGGAUGCUGCGAAGCUGUUGAAUCAAAGGGACAGUUGCGGGCAAGGUGGACAGUUAAGAGGAGCUGCUCAACAGUCACUUGGCAGUUUGCUUUGAAAGGGACGACAUCUCCACGUGUGCUAAACAGCAUCGCUGCAGGGUUACGGUGGUGCUGGUGCCAGUCCCAGGUAUCAUCGAGCAAGAGUGACAAGGGAUACCUCCAACCAGUUGCCGAUUGCAAUGACUUCCCCAGAGACUCCACGGAACGGUCCACCGAGAGGCGUGGAGGGUGGCGCCUCUCCUCCGAGUUGUUCCGAGACUCUGCAGAGCCGUCCGGCUGAGGACAAGAACCAUCCACGGAUAGGCGCGGAGGGUGGCACCUCUUGUGAGCCUUUUGCCUUGCCUCCACGGAAGCGUCCACGUACAGGCGCGGAGGGUGGUGACUCACCUCCAUCUCGCUCCAACAUUCGGCGGAGCGGUCCGGCCGAAGACAAGGUGAAUGUCAGCUCACCUCGGGUGACGAGAGUGGUGCCUUUGUCCUUUACUCCGCAGAAGCCUCCACCUGGACUCGAGCGUACGCCGAUAGGCGAAGAGGGUCGCAACCUGCUUAACCCUUUUGCCUGGAAUACAUCGCUGUCGAUGCAUCGUGUGUGUUUCGCCUUGACUGCGCUGAGCCAGCUGGUGAAUGUAAGCUCACCUCAGGUCACAAGUGUCGUGCAUUUGUCCUCUACCAGUCCAGUAACCAGAGCCACGCCUCCUCCACUGCUGAUGAUUCCGGCAGAACACACAAACCCUUCACCUAGAGGCGCUAUGACUCUCAUGUCAUCUGAGAUGGGUGGCACCUCAGCUUGGAUGGGUCUGACCUCACCUCAGAUGGGUCUGACCUCAUCUGGGUCGAUACAUGCAAGGCCUUUGACCUCGGCAGCAGAGAGACGUCCAGCCCGAGGCACGAAGAGUUCAGCUCAAGGCGGGCUGCCUGGCACAUCAUCACAGGGGCGUCGCAACUCACCUACGUCAAUAUUUGGUCAGCCUAUCAAACUGAUUCCACGGAAACGUACAGACGUAGACACAGACCGUUCACCGAGAGGCAUGAUGGCUGUCACCUCACGUCCGCAGAGUCCGGUGGAAGUCCGCUCACGUCCGUUGAGUCUGGUGGACGUUGCCACAAAUCCACCGAGUCCGGUGGAUCUCCAGUCACCUCCAUCGAGUCCAGUGGAUGUCACGGCACCUCAGUCAAGUCCGGUGGAUCUCACGGCACCACAGUCAAGUCCGGUGGCUCUCUCCUCAACUUCGUCGAGUCCGGUAGAUAUCUACUUAAUUCCAUCGAGUUCAGAGGAUGGCAACUUUCCUCGCUUGAGUCUGGUGGAAGUCUCCUCGCCUCUGUCAAGUCCUUUGGAUGUUGCCGCACAUCUGCCUAGUCUGGUGGAUCUCCAGUUGCCUCCGUUGAGUCCAGUGGAUGUCACGGCACCUCCGUCGAGUCCAGUGGAUCUCCGGUCACCUCCAUUGAGUCCAGUGGAUGUCACGGCACCUCAGUCAAGUCCGGUCGAUGUCACGGCACCUCAGUCAAGUCCGGCGGCUUUCUCCUCAACUUCGUCGAGUCCGGUAGAUAUCUACUUAUUUCUGUCAAGUUCAGAGGAUGGCAACUGUCCUCGCCUGAGUCCGGUAGAAGUCUCCUCACCUCCGUCGAGUCCGGUGGAUAACACCUUACCUUGCUCAAGUACAACAAGUCCCUCCUCCAUUUACUCGGGCUGGUUGAGUCUCUCCUCAAGUCCGCAAAGUCUCGCCUUGACUCGCUCGAGUCCAGUGACUAUCAGCUCAUCCGGGUCCAGUCCAGCAACUGUCACUUCACUUUAGAUCUUUGACGACCACGGGGUGGCUGCUGACUGAACAGGACACAGUUCUAAGUGUACACAUUCACCUACCAGCCAAGAUGAGUAAACCCUUGAGAUCUGGCAUAAUAACGUUAAGUUUACCGCACUCCCUCUUCACUUCCUGGAUUGUUUAGCUCACUAAGGUUGAGGGUCACUUUCUGUUAAAUGACAUCACUUGGUGUCUAAUCAUGUCGGUAAACACUUAAUUUUGGAAUCUUUAUGAUGUCACUGUUAAUUUGGCACACUUAGUGGAUUUUUGACUGACUUUCUGUUUUGUUCCUCACAUCACGAUUAAAAGUCAUUGCCUGUU